UACGGUUCUCUCACUUUCUGGGUGCAACAUUUUUUUUUCUGUUUCUCCGAGAUUCCAUCGCAAAGUUUUGCAGCAGCAGUUUUGAUGUGUGAUUCAAUUGUUCAAUAUACGGUAAGAUUCGAGGUUCAUUUGGGGUGCCAUGUUGUAAUUAGUAAUUUGUUGUUGGCAUCAAUCUGAGAAUCCUGUCCUAUCUUUCAAAUAUUUACAUGUAUUCUCAUUUUUUUUUUAUGUUUAUUCUGUCAUAUCUGUGUCUUAGGGGCACUUGAUUAAGGCCAAAAUGGAUAGAGAAGGAAAAAAUAAACGAUCCUCUCCAUUGUACAAUUCGUCGACAUACCUGUUUAGUCUCAUUUGUCCACUCCUUUUUUCUGUAGUUUUUAUUUUUUGUUUAUUUUUAACUAACUAUGAAUUGUUGUGUACACGUCAAUGUUCAAAAGCUCAAUUCUAAUUGUCACAUGAAUAAUUGUUUUGGGAUUUGUCCAACCUGCUGAAUUAUUUAAUGAAUAUUAUACUUUCAGAGUCAAGAAUGUCUAAAGAAGUUAUUGCUACUCAAUCACCUACUCCUUUUGAGUAUGAGAUCUUGGAUAGUGAUGCUGAAGUCCUUAGAACUGUUAGAGCCUCAUCCAAUUGUGCUAAUCCAUGGAUUGAACCUGAAAGGUUGAAACUUAGACAUAGAAUUGGCCGAGGCCCCUUUGGUGAUGUCUGGCUAGCAACUCAUCAUCAGUCAACUGAAGAUUUUGAUGAGUACCAUGAAGUUGCUGCUAAGAUGUUGCAUCCAAUCAGAGAGGAUCAUGUGAAGAUUGUAUUAGAGAAGUUCAAUGAAUUGUAUUUUAAGUGCCAAGGAGUUGCUAGCGUUUCCUGGCUACAUGGAAUUUCAGUCUUAAAUGGGAGGAUAUGCAUCAUUAUGAAUUUGUGUGAGGGUUCAAUUGGUGACAAGAUGGCAGGACUCAAAGAAGGAAGGAUUUCAUUGAAUGAUGUCUUAAGGUAUGGAAUCAAUCUAGCUCAAGGUGUUCAGGAACUUCACUCUAAAGGCAGCUUCAUCCUGAACCUUAAACCUUUUAAUGUUCUUCUCAAUGAUAAUGAUCAAGCAAUUUUGGGAGAUGUUGGUAUUCCUAGCCUUUUGCUUGGCUCAUCAUUCCUGAGCUCAGACAUGGCUAAGAGGCUUGGAACUCCAAAUUACAUGGCUCCAGAGCAAUGGGAACCAGAGGUCAGAGGUCCUAUAUCCUUUGAAACAGAUUCUUGGGGAUUUGGGUGCACCAUUGUCGAAAUGUUGACUGGUAACCAACCUUGGUAUGGAUGUCCUGUUCGCAGAAUAUACCAGUCAGUUGUUGAAAAACAUGAAAAACCAAAUAUUCCAAGUGGCCUUCCUUCUUCAGUUGAGAAUAUCCUCAGUGGAUGCUUUGAGUAUGAUUUGAGGAAUCGCCCGUUAAUGGUAGAUAUUCUGAGUGUCUUUCAAAGUGCGCUGAAUGAACUAGUCAAUGAUGGAGAAUGGAGAUAUCAAGGAAAUGUGAAAGUUAUUCCAAAAUCAGUAAGCACUGGCUACACAGAGUGGUUCCUCUCAAAGGAUCAUCUUCAGGUGGGCGACAUGGUCCGAUCUAGAAAGCCUUCCAAUUCACGCAGACCCCAAAACAUGGGCAUCCCAGAAGGAACUGUUGUUGGUUUAGAGCGAAAUGCAGAUCACGGGUUCGCCCUUGUGAGGGUCCACGGCAUUCAUGACCCUUUUAGAAUUCAUAUGUCAACUCUUGAACGUGUCACAUUUGGCUUGGCAGCUGGUGAUUGGGUACGCCUGAGGGAUGAAAAUGAGAAGCACUCACCAGUGGGCAUUCUACACGCCGUCAAUCGCAACGGUAGAGUGGCUGUCGGAUUUCUCGGUCUGCAAACUCUGUGGAACGGAAACUCUUCUGAACUCGAAAUGGUGGAAUCGUACUGCAUUGGCCAGUUUGUCAGGCUCAAAGACAACCUUUCAAGUCCUCGAUUCGAAUGGCGUCGCAAAAGGGGAGGUGCCUCGGCUACUGGCAGGAUUUCAUGGAUUCUACCAAAUGGAUGCUUGGUUGUCAAGUUCCCAGGAAUGCUCCCUUUCGGCAAUGAACCAAGCACCUGCUUGGCCGAUUCCUCCGAGGUUGAAGUGGUUGAGUUCAAGACAUGUCCUGGGAUGAUAGAGAAGUAUCAACAUGUAGAGGAUCAUCACUGGGCAAUUAGACCUGUUGUAAUUGCAAUUGGUCUAUUCAGUAUUCUCAAACUAGGCAUAUCAGUUGGAAAGAAAGUGAGGAGGAACAACAAGGUCACUUCAAUAGAAAGUGAAUAUCUUGAUGGUCAAAACCAAAAUGCUGCCACCUCUUCUACAACUACAACUACAAGGAGAUCUUCGAAUUCAAGUGCUACAAUACCAGUUAGCACAAUGUGGGUUCCUGCAGUUGCUAAUAUGAUUUUUAAGGAAGGUGUUACCUCGUCCAAUGGUCGGUAGUUGUUUUUUUGUGUUUCUAUCUCAAAACAGUUACAUAAUAAUUAAACAUGGUUUAAAUUAAAUGGUAGGUACUAAUUAUACAUGAAUAUGCCAUCAGGGCUGACUCUGAAAGUUGACAUUAUACAUAUAUCCUUCACGGGAUUAGCUCUGUAAAUUAGUCUCCACCGAUGCUUUGCAGAAAUGAACACAAAUUUCGUUAUGUGGUUCCUGAAUCUUAGUAAAGAAUAGAAGGGUAGGAGUGAAAUGAGCAAUGAAUCAAGACACAUGUAUAUGUUGAUUCUUAAAGCAUUGUUUGAUAUCAGCUCUA